AUGGCGGAGCUGCGGCCUAGCGGCGCCCCCGGCCCCACCGCGCCCCCGGCCCCCGGCCCCACCGCCCCGCCGGCCUUCGCCUCGCUCUUCCCCCCGGGGCUGCACGCCAUCUACGGAGAGUGCCGCCGCCUGUACCCGGACCAGCCGAACCCGCUCCAGGUCACCGCCAUCGUCAAGUACUGGUUGGGUGGCCCAGACCCCUUGGAUUAUGUUAGCAUGUACAGGAACGUGGGGAGCCCUUCUGCCAAUAUCCCCGAACACUGGCACUACAUCAGCUUCGGCCUCAGCGACCUCUAUGGUGACAGCAGAGUCCAUGAAUUUACAGGAACAGAUGGGCCUAGUGGUUUUGGCUUUGAGUUGACAUUUCGCCUGAAGAGAGAAACAGGGGAGUCUGCUCCCCCAACAUGGCCAGCAGAGCUAAUGCAGGGCUUGGCCAGAUACGUGUUCCAAUCAGAGAACACCUUCUGCAGUGGGGAUCACGUGUCUUGGCACAGCCCUUUGGAUAACAGUGAGUCAAGAAUCCAGCACAUGCUGCUGACAGAGGACCCGCAGAUGCAACCUGUGCAGACACCCUUUGGGGUAGUUACCUUCCUCCAGAUCGUUGGUGUCUGCACUGAGGAGCUCCAUGCAGCCCAGCAGUGGAAUGGGCAGGGUAUCCUGGAGCUGCUGCGGAUGGUGCCCAUCGCUGGCGGCCCCUGGCUGAUGACUGACAUGCGGAGGGGAGAGACCAUAUUUGAGAUCGAUCCACACCUGCAAGAGAGAGUUGACAAAGGCAUCGAGACGGACGGCUCCAAUCUAAGCGGUGUCAGUGCCAAGUGUGCCUGGGAUGACUUGAGCCGGCCCCCUGAGGAUGACGAAGACAGCCGGAGCAUCUGCAUAGGCACACAGCCCCGGCGGCUCUCUGGCAAAGACACGGAGCAGAUCCGGGAGACCCUGAGGAGAGGACUUGAGAUCAACAGCAAACCUGUCCUUCCACCAAUCAACACUCAGCGGCAGAAUGGCCUCACCCAUGACCGGGCCCCGAGCCGCAAAGACAGCCUGGAAAGCGACAGCUCCACAGCCAUUAUCCCCCACGAGCUGAUCCGCACACGGCAACUCGAGAGCGUACAUCUGAAAUUCAACCAGGAGUCAGGAGCCCUCAUCCCUCUCUGCCUAAGGGGCAGGCUCCUGCAUGGACGGCACUUUACAUAUAAAAGUAUCACAGGUGACAUGGCCAUCACGUUCGUCUCCACGGGAGUGGAAGGUGCCUUUGCCACUGAGGAGCACCCUUACGCAGCUCAUGGACCCUGGUUACAAAUUCUAUUGACGGAAGAGUUUGUAGAGAAAAUGUUGGAGGACUUAGAAGAUUUGACUUCGCCAGAGGAAUUCAAACUCCCCAGAGAGUACAGCUGGCCUGAGAAGAAGCUGAAGGUCUCCAUCCUGCCUGACGUGGUCUUCGAUAGCCCAUUGCACUAG